AUGGAAGCUAGUGCAUUAGAUUUCGUGGCUCAAGCAUGCAUGGAUUUAUCCGAUGCCAUGUCUUCUGCUGCAUCUGAGGCGGAUAGAGAUAGUCUGAUAACUAACCAUAUAAAAAAAGUUUGGUCAGUAGUUACAUCCAUUGAUGACUUUAAAAAAGAGUUGGAAUGGGUAAAUGUAUCAGAGGCAAUUUCUCUCUCUCAACAUUGCAAUGAUAAAGUAGUAGUGCUAGAUUUCUGGACUUACUGCUGUAUUAACUGUUACCAUGUAUUGCCAGAGUUGGCACACUUGGAGAACAUACACAAAGUUGAAAAUGGACUUGUUGUGAUUGGUGUUCAUUGUGCAAAAUUUAACAAUGAAAAGGAUACAGCAAACAUUCUAGCCGCAGUACAAAGGUAUAACAUUCACCACCCAGUUGUAAAUGAUGCUGACAGUACAUUUUGGGAAGCUCUUGGAAUUCGCUGUUGGCCAACCUUACUAAUAUUAGGUCCUGGAAACAAACCAAUUUUUGUAUUAACUGGUGAAGGCCACAAAGAAGAAUUAGUCUGGUUUGUAGGGGCGUUGAUACGCCAUUUUAGCUCACGAAUCUCUACUGCUUCUUUACCCAUGUCACUAUCUAAUUAUAUUAAACCAAAGGAUACUGGAGUUUUAUACUUUCCAAGUAAGGUGGCGUUGAAUCCGUUCUACCGGGGUAGGUCGGAGGAGCCCUUCCUGGCGAUAUCGGACACAGGUCACCAUCGUGUUCUUCUAACGGACUGUUCAGGGGUCAUACUGCGCAUCAUUGGCGGCCCGGAGCCAGGCUGCGAGGAUGGCAAGUUGAGCGACGCGAAGCUGGACUCGCCGCAGGGCGUCUGCUGGCUCUCGGGCACCGUGCUAGCCGUCUGCGACACGAACAACCACGCCGUGAGGGCUGUCCAUUUGGACGACGGCACCGUUGAGGUGCUCGUCGGCACCGGCGUACAGUCGCCGCCCGGCGAUCUUGGUGGCAAGUGCUUGGGGCUGCAAGCGCUCUCGUCACCAUGGGAUCUGGCGCUGUACACCACUCCCGAUAUGGACAUGUCGGUGCGGCCGCAGCCGCCGCCGCCGCCGCCUGGCGCCACCGCUCCGGAGCAGCGCGACGAUGCAAAAGAAAAAGACAAGAAAGACGGGAAACGACGCGUGCUUUUAAUAGCAUGCGCAGGAUCACAUCAAAUUUGGGCGCUCUUCCUUGACAAUACGAUAUGGUGGAAAUACAAAAGCUAUGCAGAGGGUACUUGUGUGUGCAUCGCCGGCUCUGGCGUGGAGGCGGCGCGGAACAGCGCUUACCCGAACACCGCCGCAUUCGCACAGCCUUCGGGACUUACCCUUAGAACGGGUACGAACCCUGAGAUAUUUAUCGCUGAUUCGGAAAGCUCGUCGAUACGAAGGCUAGCGCUGUCCACCGGACAGGUGUCGACAUUGUGCGGCGGAGAUCGGAAUCCCUUGAAUUUGUUCGCCUUCGGCGACGUUGACGACAUCGGGGUAGAGGCAAAGUUCCAGCACCCAAUCGGCGUGGCGUUCUGCGAGGUGAACAAGACGCUCUACGUGGCGGACACGUACAACCACAAGAUAAAGAAGGUGGAGAUAGGGCCGCAGAAGGUGACCACGCUGAACCCGACGAUGAUCGAGACCACCGACCCGGCGAAGUUCAACGAGCCGUCGGGACUGUCCGCCAGCGCGGACGGCAAGUACCUCUACAUAGCGGACACGAACAACCACAGCGUGAAGAUCCUCAACCUGGCGAAGAACGUGUGCCAGGAGUUCCGCGUGCGCCUGCCCGACCCCAAGUUCACCGAGCCCGAGAACCUGAUACUGUACAAGAACGACCUGUUCGUCAACCGCAAGUGCGGCAACCUGAUCAUCUACUUCAACGUCAGCCUCGACGCGGAGACGAAGAACGUCAAGUUCACCCCGGGCGCGCCGCAGAACUGGCACGUGUCCAUCCGCGACGUGAACAACAAGGACGUGACGCUGGACGACUUCGAGUUCGUGGCCAGCUCGCAGAAGGGCACCAAGCUGCCGGGCCGCGUGGAAAUGAAGCUUAAGCACAGGACCGAUAGGACCCAUUUUCGCCUGUACCUCAGCUUCCAGACGGCGCUCUGCGACGCCACCGUCUGCUUCUCGCACUCGUUCACGAUCCGCUCCACCAUCCUGGUGCGCGACUCCGUGAAGAUGGUCGAGUCGUACAAGAUCACGUGCAAAGUCAACCCGAUCAACCGGUCCGAGAAGACGGAAACGAGCAAGUCG